CUAUCAAAAGGAGAGAACGACCAAUGCCAAGACCUCGCGCAAGGAUACCAUUCCCGCUCGAAAGGCAACCGCCGCCCCCAUCGAGAAAUGUUUCGUAUACAGCCCAUCGAAGCCAGAAUCGAAUAGAUCCUUUCUGAGGUCGCAGGAAUCAAUAGAAGCCAAGGUUUAUAGCGGAAGUGAGCGUGUUCCACGCAAGAGAAUACCGAAAGCAGAAGUCGCGAGAAAUCGUGAGAAGGCCACGGCGGGCGACACCGUUGAUGCUAGAAUUCAAAAUGGCGUACGCUAUCGUCAGUCCACAACCGAGUUGCGCAAGGAGUUCUUGAGGUCGCAAGAGUCAAUCCCAACCAGUUACCACAACGAAUAUAACGACUCGUUUGCUGCUGCAUCGAAGGGGCUCAAAUACCACCAGUCCGAGCCCGCAAUGCGCCGAAAUUUCCUGAGCUCGCGAGAUCCCUAUCGGACUACUGACUACUACAGCCCCGCUGACGCACCCCCGAGGGGUGUCAGAUAUGUUCAAUCAAGAUCCGAUUUGCGCCGGGCAUUCCUACAGCCGCAGGAAUCAUACCUCGAUCAUCACCAUAACAACCAUGGAUAUAACCAAUACGAUUACGGCCACUUUUAUGAUCAACCAUACUAUAGCCAGUCAUAUCACCACCAGCCGUAUGCAGAUGACCAUCCGGUGAAGGACUCCAGCUGGGUCAAGAAGAAACGCUCGCGAGACUAUGUUGCGGCCAAGAGCGAGUUCUCGGAAGACCCAGAGGGCGGGCCGGUUGAGUCUUUUAUAAGUUCGCUCAUCAGAGGCCUGACGAGAUCAGGUUGGAUCAAGACCAAACGAAAGAAAUAUCGAAGACGUGACGACUAGUCUUAAAUCACAGCUGUUUCCACGCGUAGCGUCAAAAGAAUCCCCUGAACUUGGGCGCGAUGUCUCGUUUCAUCGUGAUGCAGCUUGGCAAAAUAGCCAUUAUUUAGAUGUCAUCCUUUGUGUAUCUCGUGAGAUUCAUGAAGGGUGAACUUGCAAGUGGCGGCUCCUACCGUAGUUGCCUAUUGCCAACUUCAAAAGUGCUGUGCCCAUGAUGUGUGGUGUAUCAAACCGGGCGCACGAGUAGAGAUCAUACGACCCAGAAUCGUUGGACACCGCCUCUUCCGGCUUACAGACGAUC